AGUUUACAGUAUGAUAAUUGAUGCUGAGAAAAGAGGACUUAUAACUCCAGGAAAGACUGUUCUUGUUGAACCUACCAGUGGAAACACCGGCAUUGGUCUUGCUUUCAUAGCUGCUUCAAGAGGAUAUAGGCUCAUCCUGACUAUGCCAGCUUCAAUGAGCUUGGAAAGAAGAGUUCUUCUAAAAGCAUUUGGAGCUGAGCUUGUAUUAACUGAUCCAGCAAAGGGCAUGAAGGGGGCAGUUCAGAAAGCUGAAGAGAUUUUGAACAGCACACCCAAUGCUUACAUGCUUCAACAAUUUGACAAUCCCGCAAAUCCUAAGAUACACUAUGAAACUACUGGUCCAGAAAUCUGGGAGGAUACUAGAGGCAAGGUGGAUAUAUUAGUUGCAGGGAUUGGAACUGGCGGAACUAUCUCUGGUGUCGGUCGAUAUCUUAAAGAGAAAAAUCCUAAGAUAAAGGUUAUUGGUAUAGAGCCCCUAGAAAGCAACAUACUUUCAGGUGGAAAGCCUGGGCCUCACAAGAUUCAAGGGAUUGGAGCAGGUUUUGUACCUGGCAAUUUGGAUGAGGGUGUGAUUGAUGAAAUCAUAGAGAUUUCCAGUGAUGAAGCUGUUGAAACUGCAAAGCAAGUAGCACUCCAGGAAGGCUUGUUGGUCGGCAUUUCUUCUGGCGCGGCAGCAGCUGCUGCUAUUAAGGUUGGAAAGAGACCUGAAAAUGCUGGGAAGCUCAUUGCAGUCGUGUUUCCAAACUUCGGAGAACGAUAUCUCUCGACUGUUCUUUUCCAAUCGAUCCGAGAAGAAUGUGAGAAAAUGCAGCCUCAACCCUGAAGCAUGAAAUUUUUCUCCGUUCAAGGUCAUUAAUAAAGUACUGCAUUAGUUUUUCGCAUACGUAUUAUAUACAUUUUUCGCUUACAGGUUGUAUACCACUUUAAGAAUAAUAGUAAUAAUAAUGGUGAUCAUGAUAA